CUAUAGACGGAGUAAUUGAUGAAAAUGCAAUAGUGGAGAUUAAGUGUCCAUACGCGGCAAAAGAUUCAUUAAGUGCAGUUGAAGCGGUUCAAAAUAAAAUGUUACAGUACUGCAGAAUAGAUGAUUUUGGUAAAAUUGUUCUCAAAAAGGAACAUAAUUAUUAUUACCAAAUUAUGGGACAACUCAGAGUUACAGGGCGAAAUGUUUGUUACUUUGUAAUUCAUACAAACCAAUGGACAGACAUACAAAUCAUCCAUUUUGAUAAUGAAUUUUGGGAAAGUACUAUGUUUAACAAGUUGAAGAUAUUUUAUUUGGAAUGCUUGUUGCCCGAAAUUGUAGAUCCGCUUUAUGGGAAAAGGAUGCUAAUCAGUGACAUAAGAGAGCCAGAACACAUUUUGAAUGCUCAAAACAAAAAAAAAAAAAUCAAUUAAGUAAAACUACAAAAAUGAAUUGUUGUUUAUCCUUAA